CGAGAUAAGGAUCCCAAAGCCAACCACUGCGCUUGUCUCGCGAAACUAUCUCCUUUCUCUCGGACCUCCUCUCGUCAGUGGCCGCUUUUUCUUCCGAUCCACUACCCUUCCCCCUUCUUCCCUCUCCGCGUCGCUCCUCUCUUCGCCUCCCGACGUCGCAUGGUUCGUGAUUUCUUCAACUAAGAUUGGAUCUUUCCUCUUCCCGGUCCUUGACGGGGGCUCUGGUGCGAGAUCAUUGCUUGUGGCUGGCCGCUUUUUCUUGCAGAAAGAUCGGGUUUUCCCUGCUGGAUUUCGUCCUCGAAGAAUUUUGUGCUUUAAGGUUCGGUCUUGUGGUAAAGUCGAAGCUAUGAAAGGGGGAAAGGAGGAGGGUAAGAUCAUGGGGCCUCUGUUUCCCAGGCUCCAUGUAAAUGAUGCUGAUAAAGGUGGUCCGAGAGCACCUCCCAGGAACAAGAUGGCCCUGUAUGAGCAGCACAGCGUUCCUUCUCAGAGGUUAAACCGGUCAUCUUCUGCUCUACCGCUGCCUCAUCAGAAUGCCUGCUUGUUGGUCCCUUCUAAUCCUUUGAGCCAGGGAUGUGGCCAAGAGAGAAAUGUUCUUUCUCCAUUUUUUAUGCCUCGCAACACACCUGCUUAUUCAUCAGAGAAAGUUGAUUGUCAGUUAUCUGAUGGAAUAGAUCCCAACUCAAGGUUGGAGGAGAGAUCAUUAAAGCAUGUGAAUUCUAGAAAUUUGAAUUUGAUGAGAUCAACUGCUCAUUGUAGUUUGCUACGACAUCCAAAAUCUAAAUCUUCUCAUGAGAAGAAGAUGGAUGAUGUGGACGAUUUUAGGGUUCCUACAUUUGACAAAUCAGAACCUGCUCUAUGCUCCAACAAGGAUACAUCUGUGAUGGGAUCAGUGAAGCUAACUUCCUUUAACACCAAGAGUCAACAGAAAAGUCCCAAUGCUACACUUAAUUCUUCAAUUCGAUACUCAACUUCUUAUUUCAAGCACUUUGAACAAACAGAUGUUUCUAAUAUGCAAUCAAGUAAAUUUGGUGGAUCUGAGAAGGAGAGACAACCUGAAGAAAGCUUAGUAAUUGCAGAACACAGGGAAAAGUCUCCUCCUUCCGCUAGAGUUGAAGAACGACCAAUUGUGGCCAAAGUUUCAAAUGGAGCUAGAGAUGUUACUGAGAAAUCACGCUGUGGAGGUGUGAGUUCAUGCCAAGAAUCUUAUCAGAAUGGUGAUUUAAUUGGACCCAGGACAAUGAACAAGGUUGAUGUUGUUGAAAAUGGGGAUGGUUCACAGAAAAGACAGAGAACUACAAAUAUGGUAGACAAUGGUAAUUUGGAAAACAAUGUAAAGGAAAAUGGGUCAUUGGGAGAACACAUUGCAGAAAGAAAAGAUGAAGCUUCUGAGGCCUCAAUAGAUGACUCUAUAUCUGGCUUGGAGAUAUCUCCAGAUGAUGUUGUUGGUGUAAUUGGUCCAAAGCAUUUCUGGAAAGCCAGAAGAGCUUUCAUGAAUCAACAGAGGGUCUUUGCGAUACAAGUGUUUGAACUGCAUAGACUAAUAAAGGUUCAAAAGUCGAUAGCUGCAUCACCUCAUCUGCUUCUCGAAGGCAACCCAUACUUGAGCAAGUCUCCGGUGAAAGCACCCUCAAAGGUUCCACUGCUUGAUUGUAAUAUGAAUUCUCAACAAGAUGCAGUUAAACAGAAAGAUGCUGAACGCCAGAAAUCAGAUCAGAAAAAAGAUCUACAGACGGAGAACAUUGCUAGAGCACCUCCCCCUACUUGUGGGGAAAGAAUUGAUGGAGGUUCCCAUCGUCAGGUUUUAGAAAGUGGGCCUCGCUCUGCAGUUCCCCCAUCACAUUCCACUCCCCCAGACAACAAUCCAAGUCCUUGGUGUUUACAUCCACCGGCAAAUCAGUGGUUAGUUCCGGUUAUGUCGCCUUCAGAGGGACUCAUUUACAAGCCUUAUACAGGGUCUUGCGCACCGAGUAGUGGUUUCCUGGCCCCUGUUUAUGGAGGAUGUAUGCCUCUCGGUGUACCAUCUCUGGCAGGAAAUUUCAUGAAUACUGCUUAUGGAGUUCCAGCAUCUCAUAGGCCGCCGGAUACGGGUGUUCUUGCUGGUGCUUCGGCAGUUGCAACCAAUUACUUCCCAGCAUAUGGCAUUCCAUCCAUGAAUCCAAUUGUAUCAACCUCUGCAGUCGAACAGGUUACCAAUUUGGCUUGUUCUCGACCUAAUGGACACAUUGAUCAACACUCCAUGAUCUCAUGCAACAUGUCUCAUUCAAGGAGUGAAGCAAUCAGUGGCUGUUUUCUGAAGUUUCAAGCAUCAAAAGACACAGAGCUACAAGCAAGUUCAGCAAGCAGUCCUUGUGAAAAGGCACAAACAGAGGCAUCAGAUGUAUUACCCCUCUUCCCCAUGGCUCCGAAGAAAGAGAACCUUGUCUGUCCAUCGCGGUCAAGCGGUAGGGAUAGUCAAGCUCAAGCCAUCAAGGUUGUGCCUCAUAAUGCGAGGUCAGCUAUCGAGUCAGUGGCGAGGAUUUUCCAGUCAAUACAAGAAGAGAGGCUGCAACAUGACUGAUGAUUGUGUUUGUAGGAACAGAUGCUCCUGACUAUUCAUGGCUCUGUCCAUGGGCUUCUGAAGUAACCUUCCCUUCGGCAGUCCAAGCGUCUUACCUCUCUUCUAGUAAUGUAAAUAUGAAAAUGAAACAGGUGCCCUAUAGCUCUCUCCCCAUAUUUGCCGCUGACCAGAAGGGUAUUUAUAUGAGUACAAGAUUUCGUUUCCGAAUGUAAAAAUAAAAGCCAUACUCUUGCUCUUUCCUCGGUUAAGCUGAUAGUGUGGAACUAAAUAUUACUGGUAAUCUUCUGUAAACAUUGUUUUGUACUUACUAGUGGCAAGUCAAUGCAAGUAGUUCUCUUUUUCUGAAGCUCA